GCCAUUAAUAAGGCAAGAAGGGUUAGGACGAGCAGCAUUACAGCAGGUCUGGAGAGGGGAGGUGACAGUUCUGUCUGAGGCUGGCGAGCAUCUGGUGAGCCCAGCUCGGUGUGGGAGCCAGGAGCAAGGUGAGGCUGGAACUGGGACAUUAUUUGCACGUCUGCAGCAGGAGUUUGUUUGCUGGUGUUCAGAAAUGCCAUAGCUGGAGGCUCUGGGUGGUGGAAUCAGGAAGCUGAGCACAGAUUUUCUGUAUCUUUAGCUGUGUGCUCAAAGGUGACAAACAAGUUUCUUGAGAGAAAAGCUCUGAAAUAUGACAGUAACCUGCUGGUGAGUUGAGUUUUAGGUUCUGGGGUUUGAAAUGGGGAUUUGUGGUCACAAACUGUUGAGCAGUUUCCACUUAGAGAGCCGGGUUGUCACAAUUUUCUGAUGGCUGCUCUUUCUCGCUGCUCAGCUCCACGUACGGAGAUGGAAAUGGAGCAAGAAAUUGAACCAGCUUUGUUAAAAUGAAGGAGAUGUAGAAAAUAAAGCUUGGUAAUGUAAAGCUGAACAUAAGAAAAAAAGAAAAAGCUGGCCUUUUCCACUCUAAUCUUGAGAUCUGUUGCCGUACAAAAAGCAGUGAUGAGCCUUUUAAAGUGUUGGUGGCAGCUGAGGCUUCCCUAGCCCAGGUAAUCUCCUGUGCAAACCCCUCAGCCAACCCUGCUGUGCCUCCCCUGCCCUUCCCACUCCCCUCCUGCUAAAAUAGAACAAGGGGCAGCUGUUGGAAGUGGAGCCCAUUUGCUUUCUGGGGCUGCUUUGGGAACACGAUCCAGAUCCUGCGUGAGAGAGAGAAAGCAACAGAGCAGAGGAGAGGGGGGAGUUGGGAAGCUCCGGAGAAUUACUUGCUUAUUUUAAGCCUGGUGUAGGAAGUUCAGUCUUUGUAGUGAGGUUGAGGGAUGAAGCAGAACUGCUACUAAAGGUCCUGGCCUGGGAAUUAAAGAAUUCCUGGUUGAAUGUAAGUAAUACUAGAGUUUGUUGGUUGUUCUGUGCAAUAUGUCCAGUGCAUUGAAAUGUCUUUGAUUGUGCUCUAGUGAGAGGUGCCUGAGCUGAGGCCCUUGAGAGCUGAAGAUGUGUUAUGGAGUAACAAUUUAAUUCUUCCUGGGGUUUAUUUUUAAUCUACUUGGGCACUUCAGGUGAGGAAACGAGGCUCUGUUCUGGCUCCUGAUUUCAGCUGGAGACAGGGCACAAAGGACUCAGAAGCACAAGAAUAUUCUAAAAUACCAUUCAUAAUUCCACACCUUGGGCUUCUGCCAAGCAAUUAAUGGAGACUCAAACUCUUUAUUUUUGUUGUCAGGUCAGACAAUCCACUUCUGUCAGCUCCUCUUAGAAAACUCCUAGUAAGCUGUGAGGAAAAUGAGAGAGCUGUUGGCUGAGCUGUCCAUGAAGGAGGUUGGUGACGGGCUGCACGAGCAGAUGAACUGCAUGAUGGGCGCCCUGCAGGAGCUGAAGCUGCUGCAGGUUCAGGCAGCCCUGGAGCAGCUGCAGCUCUCGGGGUGCCGCAGCCCCCCGGAGCAGCGCCCGGCCGAGCCCCAGGGACCCUGCCCCGUGCCAGGGCCGGCCCCAUCGUCCCAUCCCUCUGCAGUGGCACGGAGUGAGCGCCCCGGGGACAGCCCCUGCUGCUCCCGGAGCCCCCCAGGGCAGGACCUGUGUGCCCCUAAAGGACCUUCCCCCGUGCCCGGCGGAGCGGAGCACGGCCAGCCCCGUGGCCAGGGCACGGCUGGGGGGUGGCCACUGUGCCAGGAGUGCCCUGGGUGUGACGAUGGCCACGACUGGACAUCGUCCCUGAUGUCCCAGAGCAGGAACCGGCAGCCGCUGGUGCUGGGGGACAACAUCUUUGCAGACUUGGUGGGGAACUGGCUGGACCUGCCCGAGCUGGAUAAGAAGGGGGAGAAGAGCGAGGGGUCCCUGGCCAGCAGCAGGUCCCAGGAGCUCUGCAGGAAAUUCUCCCUCACCGCCAACAUCUUCAAGAAGUUCCUGAGGAGCGUCCGGCCGGACCGGGACAGGCUGCUCAAGGAGAAACCCUGCUGGCUCCCUCCCGAGGACAAACAGCCCGACAUCUCCAAGAGGUCCAAAAAGAUCAGCAAGCUCAAGGGGACAUUUUACCUGCCCCUGCACGGGAACCUGCAGAGCCACCACAGCAAGGCAGAGAGGUGUCCCAGGGCAGAGAGCCGCAGUGAGCAGCCCAGGACGGGCACCAGGAAAGUCCCGGACUCCAGAGACUUCAGCCAGGCAGGCUUUGACAUCAACACGGCCGUGUGGGUCUGAGCCCGGCCCCCCUGCCCUGCCCUGCAUUCCCACAGCCACGGGAGCUGCUGGCCACGCUCACCUGCCCCGAGACUCCUGAGAUCCCCCAGGGACAGAGGGGAUCUGCACAGCUCGGGGCUUCCCUGUCCUGCGAGGAAGUUUCUGGAGAAGCACGGCUCCAGGGACUGCCUGAGCAGCAGCCCCACGUGGGGAGACCUUUGGGGAGUGGCAAAAAUAACCCAAAUCCUUAGCAGCUCUAGGGUGAGUGGUGCCACAGGUGAGCAGCUCCUGGUGCCAGGCCCGUUCCAUCAUCUCCAGCUCAAUGGCUGCAGCACAAAAUCCACGGUGUGCAUGUGUGUGUGUGUGAGUGUGCAAAUAUAUAUAUAUAUAUAUAGUUUUGUUAAAAAAAUCUAUUCCUGCUUGUGUGCACUUGAAACUGACUUAUAAACCAGGCAUCCCAAGCCUUGUACCUGAAGCACUUGUUAUUUAAAUGGAAAGAAACAUUUGAAUUUAUAAGACUUGAACAAUUGCUGAGUGGGGGGCAAACCCCCAACCUUGGGGGGGAUUUCCCCCUAAGCUGCAUCCCUGGUGCUCUCCCAGCAUCUCUCCCUCCCCUCUCAGUUAAACCAGGGGGACACAAGGCUCCCUUCAGGCCUUUGUGACCUGGGGGUCUCGGUGGGUUUGCCCCCCUCCCCUUGUCCCUGUGGAUCACUCCAGGUACAACACUGCUGAAGUUUAUUGUUGGAUUUUCACCCAGAUGCAAAGUCCAGUCCCCGUUUCUUGUUGUGUUCCCUGUUGCUGUUGUGCAAACCUCGUCUUGACAGAACCAAGUUCUUCAGUGUCCGACUCUCCAAGAGUUUCCAAUAAAGUGAAAUUGGUCUCGUGUCUGCUCUGGGA